CAUAGCGGGGAAGUCAAUUUAUUCGGAAAAUGUAAAGUUUAUUAUUUCUUUCUGUACUAUUAGCUAUAUUUUAUACUGAUAAGAUUAAAAAUAAAUAAACCAAACAAGAGAUAUUCAUAAAAGUAGAAAAAAUUAAAGAAAGUUAAAAAUGUGCAAAAAAAUUUAAGAGCAAACCACUGACGCAUUAUUUUGUGUAUUGACAUAAUACUCCAGAAACUGAUAAACUUUUAUUUUAAACUAACUUCUCAAUUAAAUUACAUUGUGUAACAAAAAAACUUUACCUCAGUGUCAACUAGCGACAUCUGGUGAGCAGAAAGUUAGUAGCCCUCAUUCAUAUAACCGGCAUAUAAUUAAUUGUCUGUAAUGGAAAUUUAUUGUUGUUAGCUAAAUUAUCAUUUAUGAAAUGGAAACAAAACAAAUAAUAAAAAACAAUAAUUUUGCAAUUGUUUAUUGUCAUAUUUGUUAAAAAUUAUCGUUUUCACACUUUAAUAUUAAAGUUUAGAGGAUAAUUAAUUAAGAUACUAAUGUAGAUCAUAUUAAGAUCACUUUUAUUUCAGCUUCUUUCCAAAAGUCGUGAGUUUUACUUAACUACUUACUUACUUCUCUGGCUUAGCAUUAGCACCACUAACAAAAGUUCAUUCAUAGAGUAUCACCCUAUAAUUUCGUAUAUUUUCAUAGACAUCCAGUAUUUGCAAAUUUUCAUUAAUAUGUUAGUGGAUGAACAGGAUUGUGAUAAAAUUUUAUCGAAAACUUUAAUAUCGUCGUAGUUACAACACUAUCGCAGCUAUUUUUAUUCAAAAUACAUUCACAGAUAAACCUUAGUAUAACGAAAUAAGGUUGAAUAUUACUUGUAACGAGUUGAAUGUAAAUUCAAGAAAAACAACUUCCUUCUGCGUGAAUCCCAUAUCUCUGGUACCCUUUGACCUACAGGACCCAAAUUCAAACUCGACCGAGCUACUACCUCAAGGUAUCCACAUACCAAAUUUAAAGUCAAUCGGUCCAGUGGAACGGAAGUUAUCGUGUCGGCAUACAGACUAACAGACUGCCAGCUAAACCCAUUAACUUCCUUUCAAUGCUACGCAGAAGGAAGUUAAUAAAGGCAAUUUGAUAUUUUGUCCAUGUUUAUUCAAGUUUCUAUCCAAAAAAAGGAAAUAAUUACACGUGCCUUUGGUACGAAACACCACCAUUCAAAAUAUUUUACUUUCGUUUUUACACUCUUAAGAAGGGUCCACACGGCAGCGACUUUAAUCGAUAGCGACUCGCUGGCGAUGUCAAAAUCUGUGUGUGGACGUGAAUAUUAGCAGCGAUUUAUAGUCGCUGUCAAUGCGGCGAUCGAAUCGCUGUAAAUCUGAAAAGUCGACAGUCGCCAAACAGUCGCCAGCGACAUCGUUGCUGUGUGGACGUGUACGCCGUGCGUGAGUGAUUUUAAAAUGGCGGACCUACGUAAAUAUUCUCGGGCUUUUGUAACUGAAUUUAUAAAAUUAUACCGGGAAUUACCUUCAUUAUGGAUGGUUAAGAGUAAAGAUUACUCAAACAGAGAUUUAAAGUCACAAAGCUAUGAGAUAUUAGUGGGAAAAUUUAAGGAGGUGGAGCCAAACGCUGAUCGAGAUUUUGUGAUAAAAAAAAUUAAAAAUAUGAGGGAUGUUUGGCGAAGACAACACGAAAAGAUUGAAAAAAGCUUGAAAUCUGGAAUGGCUGUGGAAGAUAUUCCUACUCCAUCAUUAUGGUAUUAUGAUUUACUCAACUUCUUGAAAGAUCAAGAGACGACUAGAAGUUCAAUAACUAACAUUAAAAUAGGAAACAAAGAUCGGGGACCUGUCGAUGAGGAAUUAGGAAUAAAUAGAAAUGAAGAUGUAGAUUCUGAUAUAUUUUCGGAGUCAACGCAAUCACCAGCACCCUCAACAGUGUCUACUACGGCAUCUCGUGAUAGUAAUAAAAAAAAGAAGAGACCAAGAGAAGAUAUUCUUAGUAAAAUCAAUGCUCAUCUCAGCGAACCUAUUCCGACAGACCGCUGGGAACAUACAGCAAAAUCAUGGGCUGGUAUUUUAAAGAGUUUACCAAAUGAUCAACAAAUUUUUGCGGAGAAAUUAAUUAACGACGUUUUGUUUGAAGCACGAAUGAAUUCCCUCUCUCGUCAAAGUCGUAUUGAUGUAAAUCAUAAUGUUAAUAUACAAUUGCUUUCUAAAAAUGAAAAUGUUCAAAGUGCUCAUAAUUCAAAUGCUACUACUGAUGAUACUUUUUCACAAAGCCUUUUGAUAGAUCCUGUGAGUGGUCAAUAAAUUCAUGUUCCUCAGGAGACGAACAAUCAGUCACUAGAAAUUGCAGAAACCCGAUUGCUCAGUUCUAAAACAUCUCAAAAGCUUACGAUGUAUUUUAAUAAUUUUCAACCAUAAUGUAUAACUGUUAGCACAUAGUAAAUACGU